AGAGCGCAGGAGACUCUCGGCUCCUUGACUGUAGCGCGAGUUAAUAAACAGUUAAGUUUGGGAGACUCCGUAGCACGUUGAGGGGGAGUUACCAAGCCCAGGCAGCAAAAACAUCCCGCCACAUUCCUGGGGAGUCCUCAGCUGCCAGCAUCUGAUUAGAACCAUAUCUCUCUCCCCGGGAGUGGCCGCGCCGCACCGAGGCUCCCGGCCGGCGGCUAUUUAAGCGGGGCCACCGCGUCUUCCGCGCUGCAGCCUAGAGGCUCCGGGCACAGGGAAGUCAUGCUGGCUCCGCAGAGGCACUAACUAGCCCGUGUGUGUCGUGGGUUAUGUUCAUUUGAGACCUGAGCAUCGAGAACCACCUGGUGUCAGUGAGCAUCUGCUGCUGGGUUUUCUGUUUGCCUUCCUGCCAUGUCUAACGAAGUAGAAACAAGCACAACCAAUGGUCAGCCUGACCAACAGGCUGCACCGAAAGUGCCAUCAAAGAAGGAAAAGAAGAAAGGUUCUGAAAAGACAGAUGAGUAUCUGUUGGCCAGAUUCAAAGGUGAUGGUGUAAAAUACAAGGCCAAGCUAAUUGGUAUUGAUGAUGUGCCUGAUGCAAGAGGAGACAAAAUGAGCCAAGAUUCUAUGAUGAAACUCAAGGGAAUGGCAGCAGCUGGUCGAUCUCAGGGACAACACAAGCAAAGGAUCUGGGUCAACAUUUCCCUGUCUGGCAUAAAAAUUAUUGAUGAGAAAACUGGGGUAAUAGAGCAUGAGCAUCCAGUAAAUAAGAUUUCUUUCAUUGCCCGUGACGUGACAGACAAUAGAGCAUUUGGUUAUGUGUGUGGAGGAGAAGGCCAGCAUCAAUUUUUUGCCAUAAAAACAGGGCAACAGGCUGAACCAUUAGUUGUCGAUCUUAAAGACCUUUUCCAAGUUAUCUACAAUGUAAAGAAAAAGGAAGAAGAAAAGAAAAAGGUUGAAGAAGCCACCAAAGCAGAGGAGAAUGGGAGUGAAGCCUUAAUGACCCUGGAUGACCAAGCUAACAAACUGAAGCUGGGUGUUGACCAGAUGGAUUUGUUUGGGGACAUGUCUACACCUCCUGACCUAAAUAGUCCAACAGAAAGCAAAGAUAUCCUGUUAGUGGAUCUAAACUCUGAAAUCGACACCAAUCAGAACUCUUUAAGAGAAAAUCCAUUCUUAACAAAUGGCGUCACCUCCUGUUCUCUCCCUCGACCAAAGCCUCAGGCAUCCUUCUUGCCUGAAAAUGCCUUUUCUGCCAAUCUCAACUUCUUUCCCACCCCUAAUCCUGAUCCUUUCCGUGAUGAUCCUUUUGCACAGCCAGACCAAUCGGCACCCUCUUCGUUUGAUUCUCUCACAUCUCCAGAUCAGAAGAAAGCGAAUUUGAGUAGCUUGUCUACUCCGCUGAGUAAAGGGCCCCUGAACGGUGAUACCGAUUACUUUGGUCAGCAAUUUGACCAGAUCUCUAACCGGACUGGCAAACAGGAAGCUCAGGCAGGCCCGUGGCCCUAUCCAAGUUCGCAAACCCAGCAAGCAGUGAGAACUCAAAAUGGGGUAUCUGAAAGAGAACAGAACGGCUUCCAUAUCAAAUCUUCCCCGAACCCUUUUGUGGGAAGCCCUCCUCCCAAAGGACUAUCGGUACCGAAUGGCGUAAAGCCGGACUUGGAAAGCUCUGUCCAGUCCUCAGCACAUGACUCCAUAGCCAUUAUCCCACCUCCACAAAGUACCAAACCCGGAAGAGGCAGAAGGACUGCUAAGUCUUCAGCAAAUGACUUGCUUGCAUCAGACAUCUUUGCCUCAGAGCCUCCAGGCCAGACGUCACCCACGUCACCCACAGGACAACCUGCAGCCCCUCAGACCAACCCUUUGGAUCUCUUCAAAACAAGUGCUCCUGCCCCAAUGGGGCCCCUGGCAGGUCUAGGUGGUGUUCCAGUAACGCCCCCUCAAGCAGGACCUUGGACACCUGUUGUCUUCAGUCCUUCUACAGCUGUGGUCCCAGGAGCCAUAAUAAGCGGCCAGCCUUCAGGUUUUGGUCAGCCAAUCGUUUUUGGUGCAACCCCAGCAGUUCAAGUUUGGAAUCAACCUUCAUCAUUUGCAGCCCCAGCUUCCCCUCCACCCCCUGCAGUUUGGUGUCCUCCUGCCCCCGUGGCACCCAAUGCUUGGUCAUCCACAAGCCCUCUGGGGAACCCUUUUCAGAGUACCACCUUUCCACCUCCUGCCAUGCCCACUCAGGCUGCUCCUAUGCUGUCCUCUGUUCUGGCCACACCUCCUCAACCGCCUCCCAGAAAUGGCCCCCUAAAGGACAUCCCCAGUGAUGCUUUCACUGGCUUAGACCCACUUGGGGACAAAGAAGUCAAGGAAGUAAAGGAAAUGUUUAAGGACUUCCAGCUGCGGCAGCCACCUGUUGUACCCUCAAGGAAGGGAGAGACACCUCCUACUGGGACUUCCAGUGCCUUCUCCAGUUACUUCAACAGCAAAGUUGGCAUUCCUCAGGAGCAUGUAGACCAUGAUGAUUAUGAUGCCAAUCAACUGUUGAGCAAGAUUAAUGAACCACCAAAGCCAGUUCCCAGACAAGGUCUCCUCUCAAGUGCCAAGCCUGCUGACAAUUCACUUGAGAAUCCCUUCUCUAAAGGAUGCUUCAGUUCACCACCGCCCUCCGCGGCUUCUCAGCCUGCAUCUUCUGAUGCCCACAGGAGCCCUUUUGGAAAUCCUUUCGCCUAACUUCCGAAGCUGUAUUGCUGACUAUUCAGAUGGACAAAAGACUGGCUUCAGCCAAGGACAAAGCUGACAGCCAGAAACGUGCUGACCUCUGUCCUCAUGCCACCUCUGACACAGUAUCUGUUGCCUUACAUGUCUCUGCCUCUUGUAAGAUGCCUUUCACUUUCUGUCUAGGCUGAAGCUAAACUGAAACUAUGGCUUUAUGUAAAUUAAGCUCCUAAACUCUCUAGCUCAAGUAUAAAUGAAGUAGCUUCCCUGCCAAAGCCUUGUCUGUUCUGCCCCUAGAAGUUUCCAGAAUACUUCCCCUUCUACCCUUCAACUGGGAGGUCUGGCCACCUUAACCCUUCAUAUCACACUGCCUUGAGUAAAUGUCCAAAUCCUCAUACCUCGAAGUCAUUUGGUGUCCCUAGUGUGCAGCUUAAACCUAAACAUUCUACCAAUAGGACAGCAGACAUCUUGCUUCCCAUGCCCAGAAAGAAUGUUUUGAGUAAACUGAAAGCAAGACUAACUUCUCAAGCACACAGGACCAUCUCAAGAUGACCAUUUCCCCCUAUAAUGACAUUUCUCCUGUAAUUGUGUCACUUACCAAUCCUGCCCCAAGAGGUGCUUACAGUAGACUUGAAGAAGAGGAAAUUCUAGUUCCAAAUAUAAGGCAUUAUUCAAAGUUCAUAAAACAAAUAAUUUCUUCCUGGGGCCUCAAAUUGUUUUUAUUCUGGACAUUUUGCAGCUGUUUGACCCUGGUGACCUUAUGGCCUGAAUUUUCCUUGAUGAUCUUAAUUUCAUAUCAUGUGAUUUUUUUCUCAAUAAAGAUGAUUAUUGUGUGCAUUACUUUAAAAAAGUAUAAGUUUUCUUCAUUCUGAUGAUUUCUCCCAGGACCUAGGCUAUUCAACUUUUAAUCUUCUGCUAUUUUAAUGAGAGAAUAGCGCUGCUGUUUAUAUCUCCCUGUCUUUGUCUCCCAUGCUUCUUUCAGUCCAUUUUGCUCCUGGGUUUGAAUAAACAAUACCCAUGAACAGAUAUUUACCAGGAACAGAUUUUUAUGGGUCAAAAAGCAUUAAAUGACUCACAAAUCUGGAGUACUCCCCACCCCCAUCCCCCACCCCCCACCCCCAUCCAGUCCUUGUUAGUUCAAUGUCUAAACUUCUGAAGGUACACCAUCCUCAUCCUCUGUAUGGAUGGAUGGAGGGCCAUUCUCUUAAACUUCGGAAGAGUGAUUUAACACAGGAAAGGAACUGGAUUCAGCUCAGCCAUGAAGGACUCUAUUCAGAAAGCCAAAUGUGACUGUACCAAACACACUGGGUCCUGACUGGAGGUUGUGUUAUGCCUUUCUCAUGUAAUUGGAAAACUUCCUUGAAGCAGCAAUCAUCUAGAUACUAAGACAAACUAAAUGAGGGGAGAAAAGGUGACGGAUGAAUGUUCGGGGUCGUCAUUGAAAAUCUGCCUGCAAUAUUUUUCUCAUAACCUUGGAAACCUAUGCAGUGCAUUUUCAUUUUCAGUCUUUUUGUUAAACAGGAUUGAAGAGUUUGUUCAAUCCCUUUAUUUUAGUUUAUGUUGAUUUUUUAAAUAUUAUCACUUGACCCUUAAUGCUCAGGUCUUGUGGGUGUUAAUACAAUCUUAUCUUUUGGUGGAAGAAGAUGACUGCUCAGGAUUUAAACAAGAAGCUGGCCUUGUGAGCCCCUGUUGAUUAGCCCCAAGUGAUCCAAGCUGAAGUCCUGUGGGUUUCUGUUUGAUGCUAAUCGUUAAUUAUCUACAGCAUUUUUUUCUGUCUAACUUCCUAUUCAGUCAUUAUAAACAGAGACUUGAAAUCAUACUUUAAAAUUCCAAAUACCUAAAGAUGUGCUAAACUGGAGGUAACUAUUUCUAGAUGGCCAAUUUUUUUGAAAAUAAUGAUCAGCUACACACCUGUUUUGUAUGUACCUGUCUUCUUGGGCACUUUUCUGUAUACAAAUAAAGCUAUAAAUUUACUCAUUCAAUAAACUGGAAUGACAAAAA